AUGGAGGGCGAGGCGGCCGCCGACCCGUGCGCCAUCUGCCUCAGCGACGUCGGCCGCGGCCAGGCCAUCUUCAGGGCCGAGUGCUCCCACGUCUUCCACCACCUUUGCAUCUCCGCCAGCGUCGCGUUCGGCCACCGUAACUGCCCGCUCUGCAACCGCCGUCCGCCUCCUCCUCCCGCGAUGCCGUCUUCUUCUCAUGGCCCGUACGAUGACGACGAACCGGUGGUGGUGGAGCCGAGCGUCGAGGCGGCGCAGGAUGUGGACCCGGCGGCGGACCACGCGGUGGUGGCGCUCAGGACGCACUGCGAGCGCCCGGCCCUGGCCAGGGGCGCGUCCAGGGGCAGCUUCGAGGUGCUCGUGCACGCUGUGGCACCGGGGGCGGCGGCCGCGGGAGCGCCGCGAACACCGCUCGACCUCGUGACGGUGAUCGACCUCAACGGCAGCAUGCGCGGCCAGAAGCUGUGCCUGGUGAAACAGGCCGUCGGGUUCGUCAUCGACAACCUCGGUCCGACCGACCGCCUGUGCGUCGUCUCCUUCUCGAACGACGCGAACCGCGUGGUCCGGCUCGCGCGCAUGACGGCCGACGGGAAGGCCUCGGCGAAGCGCGCCGUGGAGGCCCUCGUCGCGAGCGGCGGCACAAACAUCGGUGAGGGCCUCCGCAUGGCCGCCAGGGUGCUCGACGACCGCCGGUACAGGAACACCGUCACCAGCGUCACCAGCCUCAUCCUUCUCUCCGACGGGCGAGACGGGCACAGACGACACCGGCACGCCGAUCUUGUGCCGCCUUCGUUCAGGGGCUCCGGGAACCGGACCGCGCCCAUCCACACGUUCGGCUUCGGCACCGACCACGACGCGGCGGCGAUGCACACCGUCGCAGAGGAGACGGGCGGCACGUUCUCCUUCGUCGAGAACCGGGCGGCCAUCCAGGACUCGUUCGCGCAGUGCAUCGGCGGGCUCCUCUCGGUCGCCAUGCAGAGCGUGCGCAUCGCCGUGGCGUGCGUGCACCCGGGCGUGCGCGUCCUGGGUGUCAAGUCCGGCCGCUACAAGAACCGCGUCGACGCCGACCGCCGAGCUGCCUGGGUGGACGUCGGCGAGCUCUACGCGGACGAGGAGAGGCGGUUCCUGGUGUUCGUGCGCGUGCCGGCAGCUGAGGCUGCGGAGGAGGUCUCCCAACUGAUCAAGGUGAGGUGCUCGUACCGGGACGCCGUGAGUGGGUGCUCGGGAUGCGUUGCCGGAGACGACGCCGCGGUGCUGAGGCCACCCGAAGUCGGCGACGGCGACGCCGAGCUGUCCAUGGAAGUGGAGCGGGAGCGCGUCCGCGUGGCCGCGACGGAGGACAUCGCCGCCGCACGGGCGGCCGCGGAGCGCGGCGAGCAUGCAGAGGCGGCGCGCAUACUCGAGGCCGGGCAGGAGGCCGUGCGGCGGUCGGCGCCGGGGGUGGCGGGGGACCCGACGUGCGCCGCGCUGGAGGACGAGCUGGGGGACCUCGGCGCCCGCGCGUCGAACAGGAGGGAGUACGCGCAGAAGGGGCGCGCAGCCAUGCUGGCCGGCAUGAGCUCGCACAGGCAGCAACGCGACUUGUCGGUGGCACUGCGAUCGGCACACUUUGGGCUUCGUGGGGGCCGCGGCGCAGGCCGAGGGGCACCGCGGCCGUACGAGACUCCGGCGAUGCGGAGCAUGGUGAAGAUCUCGCGGAGCGCGCGCGAGCAGCAGCAACGUACGUCGUCGCCGGCGCCGCCGGCGAAAAGGGCGCAUUUACGGUUUGCAGAAUGA